GUGAACUGGUUGCCAUACGGCCGUAACCCCGCUGAUAUGGAGGCUAGGACCCCCUAUGGCGGGUGCAUUAGGUACCGUGACAUCGUGGAGCCCUACAAUCCUCUGCGGUUGUUGCGUCAGCUGGGCUACGUCCAGCGUAUCCCUCCUAGGAUCCGUCGGCCAGCCAGUGUAGUACGGGCUUGGGAGUCUCGGUUGUAUAAGGUCGAGCACUCUGCAGAAGCUGCAGAGUGUUCAUGGGACGAGUUCCCGCAGUUGUCGGUCGUUAACCUGGCAGCCUACACCCCCACCACAGUUACACCAGGGGAGGUCGAGCUGGGGUACUCCGAGUGGUUCGCUCGGGUUUAUCGUCUGAAGCUGUUGGGUGGCGAUCCCGCGGAGCCUCCUCCAGUCCCUUCGCGCGUCGAUGCUUCUUAU